AUGCAACUAGACCAACCACCCGUUAACGGACUCCCCGAGGAGCCAACUUCUUCACUCACGUUGUCACCUGUGAUGGAGACUCAAGAGGAGGACAGUACCUUGGAAGAGGAGCGCUUCGCAGAUGCCCUGGAAGAACAUACAGUAUCAGAAGAGAAGGAAGAAAAAACAGAAGAAUCAAAGCGAGAUUCUAAGUUUGAGGAUGAUUUUGAAGAAGUCCCUCAAAUUGUUGAAAUAAAAGAAGUGCCGGUGAUGCAAGACGUUGUUAUCAAACAGGAAGACUCUCGGGGCACGAAGCAAGAGACGAAUAACAAUGACAAUAAUACUCAAAAGACACAAACGCGGCCACAGCACGAAGAUGAAAAUACCAGCAACGACAAGCCAGUGUAUCCAAGUCAACCUGUAUUGAUUUUACUGAUCACGGGUCUGUGUCUGUCGGUAUUGCUCGUUUCGCUCGAUCGGACCAUCAUCACAACGGCUAUUCCGGCCAUCACCAACGAAUUUGGCUCAACAUCAUCAGUUGGCUGGUACGGUUCGGCUUAUCUCGUCACGGCCUGUGCUUUGCAGCCGACAUAUGGCCGGAUUUAUACACUCUUCGAUGUCAAAUGGACGUUUCUUCAUUCCGUCGCUAUUUUCGAGAUAGGUAGUUUGAUCUGUGCUGUCGCUCCAAACUCGACAACCUUGAUUAUCGGCAGGGCUAUUGCUGGCUGGGGGAGCGCAGGKAUCCUUACUGGUGCGUUUGUGGUCGUUGCUUUCACUGUACCGUUACAAAAACGUCCUAUAUACACUGCGUCUAUCGGAAUGAUGUACGGAGCCGGAGCUGCUGCUGGCCCAGUCCUUGGGGGUGUCUUUACUGGCAAGGUUACAUGGCGUUGGUGUUUCUAUUUCAACCUACCAGUAGCCAGCGUGACAUUAAUUGUUGUGUUCCUUUUUUUCAAAAGUGUCACCGGCGUUUCUACUCGAGUCGGGUACCUACAGCGAAUGACUCAAAUCGAUCUUCCCGGCAGUGCGCUUAUCCUGAUAUCCUUUACUAUGCUCUUCCUUGCGCUUGAAUACAACACAACCGGCCACGCAUGGUCAAGCUCAUUGAUCAUUGGCCUCUUGUGUGGUUUUGGCGUCACACUCCUUAUCUUUCUUGCUUGGACAUGGUACCGCCAAGACAAAGCUCUGAUUGUACCAAAAAUUAUCCUCAGAAGAACAGUCGGGGCAGCCUGUCUACUCGCGUUUUUCAUCUACGCUGUUCUGAUUCUCCAUGGCUACUUUCUGCCCAUAUGGUUCCAGGCUAUCCAAGGGACAUCCACUGAAAGCUCCGGAGUUGAUAUGCUGACUUAUGUUCUUCCAAAUUCCGUCUUCAGUUUAUUGACUGGUAUAUUCAUUACCAGAGUCGGCUACUUUACUCCUCCAGCUAUUAUCGGUUGCGCAAUUACCACAGCCGGCUCUGGCUUGAUUAGCACACUUCAACCAACAACUAGUACAGCCACAUGGGCUGGUUUUGUUUGUCUUGUGGCUGCCGGUGUUGGAAUGGCGAUUCAGCAAAGCUUCACUGCAGUGCAGACUGUGCUUCCACUUGAGCAUAUUCCGAUAGCAACUGCGGCUGUGACGUGUUUCCAGAGCUUAGGAGGCGCAGUCUUCGUCUCAAUUGGUAAUAGCAUUCUGGCCAACGAGUUUCGUCAAGCCAGUCAAGCCAAUGAAUUGCCCGGUAUUGAUAUUGCAGCCGUUCUCUCAAGUGGUGCCACACAAUUCCGAUCUACUGUUCCAGCAGAUCAACUUCCGAUUCUACUCAGCGUGUACAACAAUGCUUUACAAAAGGUCUUUAUUGCAGCUAUUCCGAUGGCCGGUAUCGCCUUCGUCUCGACCUUGCUUAUGGAAUGGCGCAGCGUUAGGGUACCCAAAGCUGAGACCUCAAUGAUUGAAGCAAGGAACAACGAUGAGCCACCCGUCUUGCCAGAUGUAGAAGUCGAGACAAGGAUAUCGCCUGUUACGACAAGAGUGGGUUUCAUAUCGAGGUCGAACAGUAGCCGGGGUAGCGAUCAUUGA